UCAUUUAGAGUGAGUGCACAGGGGAAGACGCAGAGAGAGCUGGAAAACACGAAUUAAACGUAAUGAGAAGUAUUACAAAACAGCUUUUAAAGUUGCCCAUGUUGUGUUUGCAGCUUACGACGGCAUUUGUUAGUAUCUAACAGAAAAACAGCAACUUUGGCAGUACGUGUUUUUUGUUUUGUUUUUUUCACUGCGAUAAGAAUUACAGUCACUUUGUGAGGAUGUCAGCCCCCAGCAACUCGCUUCAGCAGCCGAGGGUCAGACGCAGCAAUGCGGGCUCCCCCGGCUCCUUCAACAACAACAGCUGCCGUUUGCACCCCAUCCGUGCCACUGUGCCCUACCAGCUCCUUCGUGCGGGUCAGAGCAGUCCCACGCGGCCACAGACCCUGUGCGGAGGAGCCACGAGCCACAGCCGGGGCUCCAGCCCCCCCUCCAGUCCGACAUUCAUUUCAGGAAGUGCAAAUGCUAAGCAAAGACUGUCCCCCGAAAAUAAGGAGUCGUCCUGCCCCCCAGACUCUCCAGUUUCCAGAGCAGAAAGAUCCAAAUUACAGGUGAGGAAUUCGAGUGCCAUUCGACGGGCUUCUUCCUUGGACGCCAUCACAGGGCCAUACCUCACUGGCCAGUGGCCUCGGGACUCCCAUGGACCCUACCCUUCCUGCAUGAAAGACAAAGCCACACAGACUCCGGGUCUCUGGAUCGAUGAUGGAGCAGAACAGGGAAGUCCUCACCAGCGGUCAGCCUCCUGGGGCAGCGCAGACCAUCUCAAAGAGCAGAUUGCUAAACUGAGGCUACAGCUGCAGCGUGGCAAACAGGUCAACCGGCAGAGCAAAGACAGGGAGCAGAGCUCGCUGCAGCUCCCACAGCAGGCGCAGCACGGCACUGCAUGCCAGCCACAGUAUAAGGCAACUUCAACUUCGACCACGAUGCCUGUGAUAAAAUCCCUCAUAUGCAGAGUGCCGAGCAGUGUGGAGGGCAUCAACCAUGAGCUAGAAAAUGUGUUUAUCAGAGAGGACUUGGAGCAGGGAAUACAGACAAUGGAUGUGGUAGAUGGCCGCCGUGCCCCCUUCCCUCCACAUCGUUACAGCAGCAGCGGAGACACGCGUGACACGGACACACAGGCUCCUUCGAGUGGUGAAUCCAGCCCAUCGCCCCGUCCCUGCAGCGCUGAUCACCUGCACUCACCUGAUGGGAGCCCCUGUUCUGCAGAGGAAAUUGACAAAGACAAUUUGUGCAGUUCUCCUCUCCCCAAGUUUGCCACGUCGCCCAAACCUAACAACAGCUACAUGUUCAAACGGGAACCUCCAGAAGGCUGCGAGAAGGUCAAAGUCUUUGAUGAGCUGGUGUCUGGCAAGUCAAAGGGCUUCCCUCUGUUCUCGUGCCCUGACAAAAACAAGGUGAACUUCAUUCCCAGGGGCUCGGCCUUCUGCCCAGUUAAACUUUUCUGCUCCUCACUUUUCUCCCCCGUCUCUCCUUCUUCUUGCACGUCCAUCAACUCUGGUUUCCAUGGCAACAGCAGCUCUGGAUCGCAGGUCACCCCGAGUAUGUCCACGGUACCACUAGCUACCUUUUCGUCCUCCACAGACAGAAGCACCGACUCGAGUGGCGGUGUAAACUCAGACAACAGCACAGUCAGUCAGAGCCCCGACGCAGAUGUGGGGAAAGACAGCUCAGCACAAGUACUCCUUACCAGCUAGUCCUCAGGUAUCCUUGACCAAACCAACUACAGCUAAAAUAUUGCAACUAGUCAGGUAUGGUUUAAAAGAAGAAAAGGAAAAAAAAAUUGCACUCCGAUAAUCCUAAUGUUAGCCAGCAGGGAGUGCUCAAGGUCUAGAAAUACUUAGGAGGAUAAUGGUACCAGCAUCCUGCUGUACAAGAAUCUCUACUUGAUCCUAGUGUUAGUCCCACUGUCAGUUAAGUCUGAUGGUUCGGGCAUUAUUGCUGACCUUGGGCAGAGCCUCUCUUCACCCAUCACUAACCUAGCCUAGCCUCCUCUGUACUAUAACACUUCCUGUAACAGAAAUAGUGUUGCUUUUUAUUUUCUACAAUAGUAGAAACGACUGCUGGAAUGACUGUGUUACUUAGUGUCAGCAGUUUAAAAUUUAAAAAAAGGAAAAAAAAAUCCAAAACUCUCACAAAACACAGCGAUAUCAAGCAAAAACAUAUUGUAUUAACAUUAUCUAACGAGCUUAUUAGCUGUUCAGUGUUCAGCAAGCUAACAUUUCAAAGUGCAUUUAUGUUUCAUAUUUUUAAGAUAUUCGGAUGUCAGAAUUCUUUGCCCCUUUUCCCUCCUGUUACUUAUUUGAAUGUAUUCGUAGCACACGGUCUUAAAUGAAACCAGCAGUCACUUAAGUGCAGGCUUCACCUGAGAGGCUCACCAGACGAGACUGAGACCUGCAUUCCUAGUUUGAUCACUAAUAAAACUUGGUAAGCUAAAAUGCAAACAUCAGCUGUUUAAUCAGCGAUCAACUGACCAAUCAAAAAGCACACGGCUCCUCCGUUUCCUCGUUUUAUUGCCCCACACUACCCAGAACAAUAACUCAGGUCAUGUGGAAUGUACUCUCUCGGAUUAUGUUGCCUUUGCCCAGUGUUUGACUUUGUUCUUCAGAAAGACAUUCCAGUCUUUUGCAGAAAUGUUUCAUUAUUAUUUUUUUUAGUUUCUGGAGAGAGAGAGGCUAAUACAGACUGAAUCAACUGAUUGAUGUCACACCUUGUGACAGAUGCUUUGCGUGUUAACCUGUUCAGGUUAGAACUUCAGGUGCUAUGACACAUUCCAGAGACCGCUGUUGAAUUGAUCAACUGUGAGAACUCAUGCAAAAGGAACGAGUGACAUAAGCUAGACCCUGCGAAAGUAAGAUGCUGACAAUUAUGGCAUUUGUUUCAGCCCUUUUGAUAAAUAUGUACCAAAGGAAAUUACGAUGAGAGGCCUUUCAUGUGUUUUGGGACACAAAGUAAUAACUUAACAAACGGGGAUAAAUGGUAAACUGAUGGUUAACUAAGCUUUAGUAAGUAGUUUACUGUUAACAAACAAGGACAUGAUAACAAAUGUUUGUCAGUCAUUAGUAAUAAAGCAGUUUGUCAUUAGUUUGGCCAUAUUUGUGACAAAGAUGGUGAGAUAGAUCUCCAACCAAUCCACAAUUUUAUUUUAUUUUUUUCUUUCUUGGACCUAAACAAGUAGUUUUUUUGGUGCUUAAAGCUGCCCCCAAAAUUAAAGAAAAAUCAGUGUGAGAAAAGAAGCACCAAGGGUCCACUGCCUCUCCAUACAUGCUUUAAAGUAAAGCACAAUUUACAUUUAUGAACAUCACCUGUACUCUAAAGUUGUACCUGGCUUACAAAAUCAAGUAUCAUUUCAUUGUUUGCUAACAGUAAAUAUCUGUUGCCUGAAGGUUAACUGUUAGUUUACCCGUUCUUAACAUUUACUAUUAUACAGUGUUACUGGAGCACAAAGAAGCAGAAUGUUUAUUUGCAUUUCAUUUGUAUUAAUAAAGAGCUCAGCAACUACAUAAACAUAAGCGCUAAUCAUUAAAACCAUGUCGAAGGACUUGGCUGGAAACAAAAUGAUAAUCACUAUUUUUAUUUUAGAUCAAUUUGUAAAGUUAAAGUAAUCAGAAAAGAGUGCAAUUUCGAUUUUUGCUUGAAGUAAAGCUACACUAAGGACGAAAAAAAAAAAAUGUGUAACACAGUUUGUCUCAAUAUACAGAUGCAGCCAGAUGUGGCCUGAUGUUACUUUGCAAAGUUUGUAUUAUCAGAACAUAAUUUUAAAAAACAAAAAAACAUGACUUUGACUUUGGUCUGUUUUGCCACUCACGCACAGAAGCACAAAUAAGAACAUGUGCAGCAUGUUCAGCAACAAAUGAAGUUGAAGUGCUUCGCUCUGCUUGCAGCUCCAAGAAUUUUAAUCAUACUAAUUCUGAUUAUAUUCACAAGCACACUGUGCCGUUCAGAAAUGAUUGCCGUGUUAGGCAAUGAUGAUUCAGUUCUCCCGUGUAUUACACGUUUUUAUGUAGAUCCUGUGUGUUUUUCAAUAAAGGAAAAAAAAGCCCCAAAAA